UCUGCAAUACUUAUCAAAUUUACGCCAUCAUUACGGAAUUUGGUAACUUCUGAAACUGAUUAGGCCUCUUAACGAAAUCAGGCGUUCCUUAAGCCUUCAACUUUCAGACACUUGGUUAAAAUUCUGAAGAAAACAAAUCUAAUUUCUCAAAUUUGCGCUUCCCAACAAGUGCGCAAGUCUGGCAACGACGAGCACAGGUGUCAAGUCAACAACAGCCAGAGGGUAGACCAAAGGGGAGCUGAAGCGCGGAACGGGGGCAGUCAGCGAAUGCAAAAUGAAUUAAACGGAGAGCGAGACGAAAACAAACGGGAACAAGUGUCAUAAUCCUAUCCAUAGCACUCGGAGAUAAUGUCGAGCGAUGAACUGUAUCGCGUAAAGUACUCUAGUUCGCGCUAUCAGCGCCAGCAGACGCCCUUGAACGCCAGCUCCUUGCAUUGGCAGAGGCAGCAGUACGGACAUGAGCUGGACGAGCUGCUACGCCGGCGGCUCCUGGCCUCCCCGGCUUACGUGGACAGGCUUGAGCAGGAGUCCCUUCUUGCCGGGCACGACGGUUGUGUCAAUUGUCUCGAAUGGACCACUGACGGACUCUGGUUGGCCUCCGGAUCGGACGACUAUCGCGUGAUGAUCUGGGAUCCGUUCCGGAAAAAGCGCGUCCAUGUAAUAAGCACCAAGCACCUGGGCAACAUGUUCUCGGUGAAAUUCCUGCCCAAGACCAACAACAGCAUUGUGGCGACGUGUGCAGCGGAUAAAUUCAUCUACGUCUACGACAUCAAUCACUCGAAUGAGACACUCUUCGCUUGCAAUUGUCAUCUAAUGCGGGCCAAGCGUCUAGCCACCGCCCAGGACUCGCCACACGUUUUCUGGUCGGCCGGCGAGGAUGGGUGUAUUCUGCAGCUGGACAUGCGGGAACCCCAUCGCUGUCGCCCGGAGGAGGGGAAUGGCGUCCGGCUCCUAAACCUCUGCAAUCAGGUCGAGUCCACGGCGGAAGCCAAGUGCCUGGCAAUCAAUCCCCGCAGAACAGAGUACCUGGCCGUCGGCACCAACGAUCCAUUUGCCCGGGUGUACGAUCGCCGCAAGUUACCCUCCACCGAUGGCAAUGGUCUCUCCGCCUGCGUGGCCUACUAUGCACCCGGACAGAUCGUGAAGAAUAUUAGUCGAAACAUUGUCCACGAGUCGCGGGCCAUCACUUAUCUCACCUUUAAUGGCAAUGGCACGGAGCUGCUGGUCAACAUGGGCUGCGAGCACGUCUACCGCUUUGAUCUGAACCAUGCCGAGCCUCCAGUUUUUUACGAACUGCCCGCCUUCACAUCACCCGUCGCCCAGGAGGAGGAAGUUCCGGUAAAGACGCCACACAAGAGCCGAUCGCUGCCCUCUAGCAUUGAGAUGCAUAAAAAAGAGGGCAAUGAGUUUUUGGAGAACGGCAAGCUAGUGGACGCUAUUGAUGCGUAUUCAGCGGCUUUGGCAAAAUACCCGCAAGGAGAAGUUCUGUAUCUGAACAGAGCUACGGCUUUGAUGCGCCGCGGCUGGUUUGGCGAUAUAUACGCAGCCUUGAGGGAUUGCCACGAGGCCCUUCGUCUGGAUCCUGGCUACGUGAAGGCCCAUUUUCGACUAGCCAGGGCAUUGCUGGAGCUGCACCGUCCCCAGGAUGCGGAUAAAUGUCUUCAGGCGCUGAUUCAACGCUUCCCGGACUUUGCCAACAACCACGGGGUGCUCAUGCUAAACAAGGACAUCAAGGAAAAUCGCCGGCAGUCGCAAAACACCGAGCCACCUGAACCGGAGCCAGUGCCUAUGGAGGAUGGUUUCCGCUACCUUCGGCUGGCGGAUGCCGAGUAUGAUCUCCGUUCCACGGCUCGGGACUAUAUGCAACGCUAUGUCGGCCACUGCAACAUUACGACGGACAUCAAGGAGGCAAAUUAUUUGGGCAGCCAAGGAGAGUUCAUUGCAGCUGGCUCUGAUGACGGCAAUUUGUACAUUUGGGAGGGAGAUACGGGCAAGAUACGGGCCGUUUAUCGGGCGGACAGUGCCAUUGUCAAUUGCGUGCAGCCACAUCCAAGCAUUUGCAUGCUGGCUACCAGCGGCAUCGACCACGACAUCAAGAUCUGGUCGCCGUGCGCCCCCAGCGCCGAGGAGCGACCGAAUCUGGUGGCGGAUGUAUCGCGCUACGUGGAGGAUAAUCAGCAAAAGAUGCGCACUGAUCCGUUCGAACUGAAUACGCGAAAUGCGUACUGUUUCAAUAACUAAGAACUGUAGCGUAAUGUGAAUCUGUAGAUCUAAGUGCACUGCAUUGUGCGGCGAGCGAGAUCCAAUCCGGCAAUAUAUCAAAUACUAGAGUAAAUUAAACUAAGCGAUAAUAUUUUUGUUAAUUUGUAAACGAACUACUGUAUACAGAGUACGAUGCUUAUGAAGAUGAGUAUGUUAUGAAAGACUAUAAAAAUAAAUGCGAAAAAUAAAAAAGUA